AGCCUAUCUGCAUAAGCAGUAUUACAAGGAUAAAUUUGGGGUUAUAGAGCCAGUUGAAUACAUUCUUGAUGCUAAAAGCAAACGCAGUUUCCAAUAUGUCCCAAUAUUGAAGUCCUUAAACAGCUGUUAAGUAGAGGGGAUAUCAUUACAAAAGUUGUUGAGGGUCAUCAAAGUCAGGAAGGCACAAAUUCUGGUGUGACACAUCAGUACAGAUCCUCAAGGGACGGCUCUCUAUUUAAGGAAAAUGUUUUUUUUGCUGGAGAAAAGCCAAGGAUCAUCCUAAAUUUUUAUGUUGAUGUCUUUGAAACUUGUAACCCACUUGGCACCUCACAAAAGAAGCAUAAGCUUUGUGCUGUUUAUUGGGUAUUGGCUAACUUGCCCCCGGGGUCUCAUUCUGCUUUGUCAUCUAUCUACCUGUCAGUAUUGUGCAAAACCGAUGAUGUAAACACCUAUGGUUAUGAUAAAAUCUUUGAACCUCUUCUACAGGAUCUAAAAACUCUUGAGGAGCUUGGUGUUUAUGUCCCACUGUGAAUGAGUCACUUCAAGGUACAGUAUUCAGUGUAGUGGCUGACAACCUGGGAGCUCACAGUGUUGCAGGAUUUUUGCAGAGUUUUUCAGUGGAAUACUAUUGCAGAUUUUGCACAGGAAGCAGAAGUGAUAUUCAACUACAUUCUGUUGCAUCUGGUGCAUUUAGUCUGAGAACCAAGGAGCUACAUCAGACCCAUGUCAGACAGGUCAAAGAUACAGGUACAAGUUAUUUUCGUUUUAAGUUUCCCAACAAAUGGGCCGACAGGACAAACAAACCUCAUGUUGUGUCACAGACUUUCUCUAGCAGAAACACAGCUUGCAUGGUGAUUUGGAAAGACAUAUUGAAAUCAAAGGUGGUGUGCAAUAAUUGAGGGGAGGGUUUAUGACAAUUUGUACACUUUAAAUUAGAAUUCAUGGGGUUAUUAUUUCAGUUAAAAUGUAAGCGAUUAAAAGGUCUUCCAUUUAAAUUCAUGGGGUCUUUAUUUCUUCUAACCUAGCUUCAAAAUUCUGUGCAGGGUGUCCUCAGAUCCUUGAAGUGCUAAAAUGUCUGAAAUUUAAUUAAAUAAAUAUUAGUUGAUUAUUCUAUUUUUUUUCCAGCAUACUACUAUAUUUUUUACUGGAUGUGCCAUUUUAAAUUAUAUUGAUGUCUGAUUAACAUUCUUUAUGUUUCAGCAGAAUAAAGGGCGUUGAAGAUGGCCGUGCCUGUGAUCGUGAAGAUCUUACUGACUGAUGGCAGCUGUCAGAGGCUUGCACAUGGGCUCCCUGAAUCUCUUGAAGACCUUAUGGCUGAAGUCAAAAAACAGUGUAACCUUGAGGGAAACUUCAGACUUCAGUUUAUGGACUCAUUGUUUGACAAUGAGUUUAUGAACCUAACUUCAGUUUCAGAGGUGGAGGACAGAGGGACUCUAAAAGUAAUUGAAAGCCCAACAAAUGACUCUUCAUCACUGUCAGGUGAACUUGUGGAUACAGAUGUACUGUCAUCAAAUGAGUCUACAAGCUCAUGGACCUUCUGGCCAGCUGUGUUUCAUGUACCGAGGUUCUCCUAUGAUGCAGAAUUAAAACUUCAGCAGGCAGGUUUAGUCUACAUUCAAAAUGGCACUGUACUCAUUCCAGAUCCCAAGUUGAAGUCAGCCAUCCUUGAUGGGUUAGUGCAGGAAAUUGUGCAGUAUAAAGUCUAUGUCAGUGAUAAGGAGAUAGAACAAGAAGCCCAGAGUCUCAUCAAGAAACAUCCAUGUCUAACUGAGAAGGGGUCCAGUACUGGAUAUGGUGGAUGGAAGAUGAGUUUAAAAUAUAAACUAUCUAACUACCGACACAACUGAGAAAACUGGGAUGCCCAGAAGUGACAGUGAACUCUUUAAAAAACAAACCUGUUGGAAAGCGCAGGGCAGUCUUUGGCAUCAAAAAGGCAAAGAGAGCAGAAGUUAAUUUUUGCCCCACAUACCCAUCAGCUGAAACUGAGGAGAGUCUAGAAGAAAUGCGGAAAGCUUUACUCUUGGAUGUAAAGGAGAGGAACAACCGAGAGGCUGUGAAGUUCAAGAUGGAAAAGACUUUCGCAUAUAGAACACAGGAGGUUGUUCGAGAUGCACCGAUGGUGGAUGAUUUCAUGGCAAGAUGGCCAGCUUUGUUUGAAGUCAGUGAGAUCAACGCUGAAUUCAAAAGAAUCACCACCGUUCCACUUCAGUCCAAGUUCCUGCCUCAACUAGACCUCCACUUUGACAAUCUGACAAGGCUGUUCCAAACGAGAGGAGGACAGCUAGGGGAAAAGCUCAAAAGAGUCACUACACAAAUCGCUAAUAGCCUGGAUAACAACACCAUCAAUGAGGUCAUUGAAGACACCACUGUUGGGAUCUAUGUUGUCAAAGAACAUGCUUCAGGUGAUGAAGUAGAGGACAUUGGCAUUGUUCUUGAAGGCAUCAAGGUGAUGCAAGAUCUCGAUAAUGUAGAAUUAGCUGUUGCUAUGCUGUUCGGACUGAUGUAUGUGCUCAACCUGAGCUACCCUGCUGACCUCCACUACACUUUCGAGGUUAUCCAAAAGAUUUGGAUGGAACUGGAUGGAAGUAAGCUUUCCAACAAAGCACUUGCUCUGAAAAACAGGCUCUCUCAAUGAACUGGUCACACCGAUAUCCCUGCACCCUUUUUCCUAUUUGUGUUAUUUGUCCUUGAUGAGUCGAUGCAGGGUUUAUGACUUUUUGUAUGCAAAUCUACUUUGAUUUGUCAUUAAUGUAAAAUGGUGUUCACAGGGUUAACCAUCAGGUUUUUUUUUUUUAAUGAACACUAGCUCUUACUUGCCUAAUUCAGAUGUUGGCAUCUUUUGUUUACUGGUUUACAGUUAAAAAAAAUACUGUUGUUAUUUUGUAUUUGCUGUUGAGGAUGCACUUGUGCAGUACUAACACAUUCUGAAUGUACUGCAAAAAGUGAUUUGUGGUUUGUAUUUAUUAUUUUUUGGUUUGUUAUUUGUCUUUUGAAUCUACUGAUAUUCUAAUGGUCACAGCUUUGUAUUUCUGUGCUGAAGUUACUGUAUGUGUCUGAUUCAGUGUGUGAACACUAGCGCUUACUAGCCCAAUUCAGAUUGUGGCAUAUUUUGUUUACUGGUCUACGUUAGGAAAUACUUUGUAUUUCCUGUUGAGGAUGCACUUGUGCAGUACUAACUGUUCACAGUUUUUGAAUGUACUAUGUGAAGUAAAAUGAUUUGGGGUUUGUGUUUUGAAU